AUGGGAGGACCCCUACCCUCACCACGGCUGCUGUUUGCGCUGCUGCUCCUGCCGCCGCCCCCGCCGGCGACCCCGCCAGCGGCCCGGGCCUGGACGGUCCCGGGCUGCACCGUGCUGGACAGCGGCCUGCUGCCCCACGCCCGCGCCCUCGCCCCGCGCUGUCCUGGCCCGUCCGGCCCGUCCGGCCCGACCGGGCCCGGGCUCCUCGUGGCCUGUGCGAACGUGACCCGCCUGGCGACGGUCCUCGAGCGCGUGCCCGCCCGCGCCACCGCGCUGUGCCUGGAGGGCACCGUCCCCCUAUUGCCCGGCGGCGUCUUUGCGCGCUUCUCGGAGCUGCGGCAGUUGAGGCUGCAGCUGGGUCCCACCCGCGUCCAACAAGGGGCGUUCCGGGGCCUGGGCGCGCUGCGCCAGCUCCACCUGGUGCACCUGGCGCCCCGCUGCGCCGCCCUGCGCCUGCCCCCGGGCGCGCUGGACCCCGUGGCCGCGCUGAGGGUCCUGUCCUUCCAGGGCUACUGCCUGCGGCCGAGCCGGGCCGUGCGGCUACCCCGCCUGCUGCGCCACCUCGCCCUGGGCCCCAGCUGCCUGACCCAGCUGCAGGAGCUGCGGCGGCUGUUUCCCGGGCUCGGGCGCGGGGACCUGAAGACCCUCGACGUGUCCGCCAACCCACGGCUCCGCGGGACGGGGCCGGCCGGAGCCCUGCGCGGCCUGCGGCUCCUCUCCCUGAAGCUGGACGGCACCCGAGUGCGCGCCGCCGAGCUGAUGCGGUCGGGGCUGCGCGGCGUGGACGCGCUCUCGCUGGCGGCCACGGGGGCGGCCCAGGUGCCGGGACCCGCAUCGGCGCGCUUCCAGCUGCUCCGCCUGGAGCUGGCGGGGAACCGCGUGGAGAGGCUGCGGCUGGAGUCCCUGCGGGGCCUGCGCCGGCUGGAGGCUCUCGGGUUGCGGGCCAACGCCCUGCGGGAGCUGCCUCCGGGCUUCCUGGCCGCCCUGCCGCGGCUGCGGAGCCUCGACCUGUCCCGGACGGGGCUGGGCCCCGCCGCCCUGUGCCGGGGUCCGGGAGGCUUCGGGAGCGGGCCGGGGCCGGCCGAGGGCGGCCCGGGCCUGCGCGCCCUCGACCUGUCGCACAACAACCUGAGCGCCCUGGAGCCCGGCGCCUUCGCCUGCCUGGGGCAGCUCCGGAGGCUGCGCCUGGAGGGGAACGGGCUGGACCACCUGCAGGGCGGGGAGCUGGGCCCGCUGCGGCGGCUGCGGGAGCUGGAGUUGAGCGGGAACCCGCUGGGCAGGCUGACGCCCGGCUGGCUGGCGCCGCUGCCCGCGCUGACGGCCCUGGGGCUCCUGGACACGAACCUCCACGUCGUGCCCGGGAGCCAUCUGCGGGGCCCCGCGGGGCUGCGGCGGCUGCGCCUGGGCACGGCCGGGGACCUGGAGCUCUACCCGCCGUGGCCGCCCGCGCUGCGCCAUCUGGAGCUGCGGGCCGAGGGCAGCUACGUCCAGUUCACGGUGCACAAGGCCGAGGCCUUCCCGGCGCUGGAGACGCUGGUGGUGCGCGCCCACUACCUGCUGACCGACCCCUGGAACGCCACGGCGCCCUUCCCGGCCCUGCGCCGCCUCGACCUGCGCGGCUGCAGCCCCGAGCCCUUCGCGGCCGCCGGCUCCCGCCACUUCUUCCCCGCCCUCCCGCGCCUGGAGCGGCUGCGCUUCCGCGCCGACGGCGAGGGCAGGGGAGGCCUGCGGCUGUUGGGGCUCCCGCGCCUGCGGGUGCUGGAGCUGCGGGACCUGGGCCUGGGCCCGGCCCCGCCCGGCCACCGGAGCGAACGGCUGGCCGACCUGCUGGGGCCUCUGCCGGCGCUGCGGGUGCUGCUGCUGCACCGCGUGGGGCUGAGCGCCCUGUCGGCCGAAGCGCUGGAGCCGGCGGGCCCGGGCCGGGCCCGGCUGCGCCUGGUGCGGCUGAGCUCCGAGGAGGCGCUGGAGCCGGGGCCGGAGCUGGAGGAGCGGCUCCCGCGGCUGCCGGCCUUCGUCUACUUUCGCCACGUGUCCUUCGCCUGCGGCUGCGACGGCGCCUGGCUGGGCCCGUGGGCGGCGCGGGCCCCCGCCUCCUACGUGUCGGGCCUGGAGGGGGCCGAGUGCGAGGCCCGGGCGGCGGCCCCGGGCGGCCCCGGCCUGCUCCUCUUCCUGGCCAGCUCCGCGCUGCUGCUGCCGCUGCUGCUGCUCCCGCUCCUGCCGGCCGCCGCCCUGCGCGGCCGGGCCUCGGGCUCCGGCCGGCGGGGCCGCUGCCUCCUGCUGCGGCGGCUGCUGCCGGCCCGGCGGCCGCGGGGCCCCUACCGCUACGACGCCUUCGUGGCGCACUGCGCCCGCGACCGGGGCUGGGUGGUGCGGGAGCUGCUGCCCGCCCUGGAGGAGGCGGCCGGGCCGGGCCGGGCUCUGCGGCUCUGCCUGCCCGAGCGGGACUUCGUGCCGGGCCGGGCCCGGGCGGACGGGGUGGCGGCGGGGCUGGCGGCCAGCCGCGCCGCCCUGUGCGUCCUCAGCCCCCGGGCGCUGCGCAGCCCCUGGCUCGCCCUGGCCCUGCGCCUGGCCACGCAACACCUGCUGGACGCGCCCGGCCCGCCCCGCCUGCUGCUGCUCGUCCGGGACCCCGCGGGCCGCGGCCGGCCGCCCGGCUGCCCCGGCCUGGCCCGGCUCCUCGGCCCCGGGGCCGUCCUGCGCUGGCCGGGGGCGGGGCCGGGGGCCGGGGCCGAGGCCGAACGGACCGAGUUCUGGGAGACGUUGAGGGAGCGGCUGGAGGCGGCCGGGCGGGAGGACUAG